CUCUUCCCUCCUGCAUUUAAACGAGGUUCGUGGUCUCGCCGGGCCGCAGUCAAUGCAACUGGAAUCGCUACGGAGGCGUUCCAACGGCCUCGGUUUCUCGGUUCCAUCUUCAAGGCUGACGACGUCACCGGCAUUGCGACUCAAAGCCACUUUUUCCCAGCCCCCACAUGUGGGGCUAGCUGAUAAGAUAAGCUGCGACCCACAAAUAUUUUUUCGAUCUUCAACUUCAACUCCGAAUGUGCCCCGCCAUCACGACCUUGGAAUUGAGGAACGAACCGCUCUUUCUUUCCAAGCCAAGCUGGUUUCCUUCCCGUGAACUCCUCCAAUGGGCAAGGUCAAGACGCCGAAGCGCGCAGGCGCUACGCCGAGCUCGCCGUACGACCGACACUCUACUUCCUCGAAACCGUCCGGGCCGCCGAAGAACAAUGUCUUCAAGUUCAACAAGGAAUUUGGCCAACACAUUCUAAAGAAUCCCUCGGUAUCCGACCAGAUUGUAGCGAAAGCCGACCUGAAGCCGACCGACGUUGUGCUUGAAGUUGGCCCAGGAACGGGCAACCUAACAGUCCGGAUCCUCGAGAAGGUCCGCAAGGUCAUAGCCGUCGAACUUGACCCGCGCAUGGCUGCCGAAGUCACCAAGCGCGUUCAGGGUACACCGCUCCAGAAUAAGUUGGAGGUUUUGCUCGGCGACGUGAUCAAGAUGGAACUCCCUCCGUUUGAUGUUCUUAUCAGCAAUACCCCUUACCAGAUCUCCUCACCUCUCAUAUUCAAGAUUCUCGCUCUUCCCAACCCUCCAAGGACUUCAGUACUCAUGUUCCAACGGGAAUUUGCCAUGCGCCUGACGGCACGGCCAGGUGACGCCCUUUUCAAUCGGCUGAGCUUAAACAGCCAGUUCUGGGCGAGGUGUACGCACAUAAUGAAAGUUGGACGCAACAACUUCCGACCGCCCCCACAGGUCGACUCCAGCGUUGUUCGCAUCGAGCCAAAACUUGGGAAAGAGAGGCCGAACAUAAGUUUUGAGGAAUUCGACGGGAUGCUUCGCUUUUGUUUCAACAGGAAAAACAAAACCCUGCGAGCCUCCUGGUUCACAAAGGAGGUAUUAUCGAUUGUGGAGAAGAACUACAGGAUAUAUUGCGCCAUGAACAACAUUCCGAUUCACGAAGGGGUGGUAGAGGGUGGCGAUGACGACGAAGACGAAGGCGGCAUGGACGUCGAGGACAACAACGUCGGGCCGAGAGGAGGUGAUGCCGGCGAGGGGGAGGAAGAAUGGGGCGGUAUCAUGGACGUGGACGACGACGCGCCCGAGUUCUUCAAGGAGUUGAGCGAAUCAGCGGCCGCGAACCAGCCGGUAAAGACGCCGAGCAGGCGGAAGAAGACCAAGAUGGGCGAGAUUGUCCGGGAAAAGAUCAGGAAGGUUCUCGAAGACGUCACCGAGAUGGCGGACAAGCGAGCGUCGAAGUGCGAUGAAAACGACUUCCUGAAAUUACUCUUUGCAUUCAACUCUGAAGGGAUCCACUUCGCCUAAGGGCUCAUCGGGGUGCCUUGUCUUGGAGUUACUGGAGUCGUGGGCAUGCAUGUCCUUGGGUUGGGUGGGAGAUUUCCGAUAUCCAUAGCGUCUGGGGUUAGAUCCUUGACGCUUGCAUACGACGCUCGAAAUAUUUUAAACAUUUACGGGCCAGUCCUAUCGCAAAUCCUUGUCACAAGACCAUGGUGAUACAAUGGUGGUUGACACGAAAUACUCUCUCAUCUCCCCAAGACAAGAUUAAAUAUGGGAAGCCUCAGCGCUUCUGCGAAAGCACAGUCUCGUUACGGAUUACUGAGGAAGGCCUUG